AUGGGUUUCGAGGGAUUGGACAGUGAACAAGACAAAAUUAACGAUAAAACAGCAUUACUAAGCGAAUCAGAGGGUAAUUUCAAUUGUGAAUCUAUUACUUCGUCGUCAAGUGUGGAUGAAAUCGUUGAUAGCUUAGACAUUGGAUUAUUUCAUUAUGCUAUAUUUAUAACCAGUGGACUUUGCCAUUCUGGAUAUAAUAUAUUUUAUAACAUCGUUGGUUUUAUAGUUAUAACUGCCUGUGAUAUAGGUAUAAACCAAAGCAAUAAAGGUUGGCUAAGUAUAUCUUUUAUGGUCGGCAUUGCAGUUGGUUCAGUCGUCUUGGGUAAAUUAAGUGAUACCCUAGGUCGACGAAAAAUUCUAAUCAUUUCUAUAUCCGUCUACUUAAUAAUGAUCGUAGUAGCUGCUUUUGCUUACAACUAUACUAUGUUAGUCAUCGUGGCUUCGAUAAUUGGCUUUGCUGAUAGUGCUAUGGCUGCUAUCAGUGGUUCGUACGCGUUGGAAUUUUUCCCUCGACCAUUUAGAGGGAAGUUGCUCGGAUGUCGUACAGCUAUAGCUGUAAUAAUUGGAGGCCUUUAUUGUUCUUUAAUGGCGUUAGUUAUAUUGCCUCAUCCACUUCAUAUCAAAUUAGGCCAGAUCCAUUUUUCUAGCUGGCGUGUGUAUCUUCUAGUAACUAAUAUACCAGUUCUAUUCGGUUUUUGUCUUCUACUCUACAUGCCGAAUAGUAUACGAUUUGCAAUAGUUAACAAAGACGGUAUUAAACCUAUUUUAGAUAAAAUAGAUCGAAUCAAUUCAAUUUGUAAACGAAAUGGCUCUUCAUCUGAAAAGUUAAUUAAAUCAAGGUUAGGCGACAUAGUUAUAAGAGGCGAUGAAAUGGAUGAGUCUAAUACUAAAAAGCAAAAAGGCGAAAAAUUAUAUCAGCAACCAUGGCUUAAGCGAUUACUAUUAUUAUCAGCAGCGUGGAUGGGUUACUGUUUCAGUCAAGAAGGCUUAAUUGUAUGGCUACCGACCGUGGUUUCAUAUUAUACUAUGGGUAAACGAUGUUGGCAUACUUAUAAUCAAACUUCGCCGUCCCCUUUGAAUCAUCAUUUGUAUACCAAUAGUCCAGUAUGUGUCAGUACUGAGCAAAUAACAAGUGUCAGUGUUAACAUUUUAAUUGGUAAUGUACUAACUAUACCCCUUUCGAUUGCAUGUAUUACGCUAGUCAAUCGAGUAGGUCGAAAAUGGUUAUUCAUCAUUUUAGUCUUUGUUGCUGUAUUUUCUAUAGCUGCAAUGCUAAUAAUCGAUGAUAUCAUAGCAGUCAGGAUCCUUGUGUGUGUUUUUACGAUGGUUGCAAAUAACGGAUGGAUUCCUUUAGCUACCUGGACUUUAGAAUUGUUUCCAACGCAUGUAAGGUCGACUGCUAUGGGUAUAUUAAAUUUUUCUGCCAUUAGCUCUUGUAUUUUAGGACUGUUAGGCGGUGUAGUAUCACUAUUUCUACCAGAUACUAGCGAUAUGAAUAUCGGAUAA